CUGCGCAGCCGCGGUGUAACCUCCGGCGUUCACGUGCGGAGAUGGCGGCCGAUCCUCCUCCUCCGGCCGCAAAGCCUCAGCUGGGAACUCUGAACCUCAAUAACGAGGUUGUGAAGCUGAGAAAGGAAGUGAAGCGAGUUCGAGUUUUGGUUAUCCGAAAACUUGUCAGGAGUGUUGGCAGACUGAAGUCCAAAAAGGGCACUGAAGAUGCACUGUUGAAAAAUCAGAGACGAGCCCAAAGGUUGCUUGAAGAAAUUCACGCCAUGAAGGAAUUGAAACCUGAUGUCAUAACUAAAUCCGCUCUUGGUGAUGAUAUCAACUUUGAAAAAACUUGCAAAAAGCCAGAUUCUACUGCAACUGAAAGAGCAAUUGCCAGAUUAGCAGUUCACCCUCUUCUAAAGAAAAAAGUAGAUGUGCUAAAAGCUGCUGUGCAAGCCUUCAAAGAUGCAAGACAGAAUGCUCCUGAAGCUCAGUUAUCAAAGAAUACUUCAGAAGAAAGCCAGUGUAAGGACACUCGGUGUUCAAAGGAUGAUGCAGGCGAGUCACGGCAUCAUGAGAGAACUCUUGGCAGGGAGCAGAGAGCAAAAGAAGCUAAAACAGUAACAAAGAAAGCAGUAAGUGAUUCAAAAGAAAAAACAGCCGUGAUAGAGCAUGGACCCAAAGCAGUGGCCACUCCAUGUUCUGCAGGCAUGCCCUCAGGAAAGGAUGCCAUGGCCACUCCAUGUUGUACAGGCAUGCCCUCAGGAAAGGAUGCCGUGGCUACUUCUGCACACCAGAAGGCGUCAUCCACUGACUCAGAAGGGCAAGCCUCACCCAAAACCGCAAAGACAGAGAGUGAAGGCAUCCUUGGUGAGAACAGUGGCAGCGAGGAAGAGGUGAGUGAGAGUGAGAAGGAGUACUUCGACGACAGCACUGAAGAAAGGUUCUACAAACAAUCUUCUGCAUCCGAGGACAGCGACAGUGGUGAUGACUUCUUCAUUGGAAAAGUCCGACGGACACGAAAGAAGGAAAAUAGUGUCCGGUCCUCAGCUAAGGAACAGAAACCUCUCCCAAAGGUCUCGCCCAAAGCUAAUACCCUUGAAACCCAUUGGGAUACACGAAAUGAUAAACACAAGCUGAUCCCAGAAGCCCGGAAGUUAGAAUCCGUGUUUUUCCACUCUUUAUCUGGACCUAAAAGCUCCAGAAGGGAUCCCAGAGAACAGGCCCCUAAGAAUAAAGCUCCAGAUUUUCCAGAAGAUGAACUUCCAGUCAAGAAUGAGUUUGCAAAGAGUGCACGCAGAGGGUUUGAGCGUGUGAGGCAGCAGGUGCAGGCUCCUCUGCACCCUUCUUGGGAAGCGAGCAGGAGACGGAAAGAGCAGCAGUCCAAAAUCGCUGUGUUUCAGGGGAAAAAAAUCACAUUUGAUGAUUGAUUGAUUGAUUGAUUGAUUGAUUGAUUGAUUCCUGCCUUUUCUGCCAAAAUUUUUGUUUUUAUUUUUAACUAGCCUAUUUAAAUAAGUCUUUUUGAAAGUUAAAAAAUAUAUUGCUUGUCUUUUCUUUUAUGUGUGAGUUUGGGGAGUAUUUAUAUAAUCUUUUACAGAUCUCUAAAUUUGAUUUAUAAGAGUGUUUGCUCCAAGUUAUUUCUUAUAAUUGAGAAGUUACAAAAUUUUAGAUCCUAUCAUCCAUGAUUAUGAAAUAUAUUUUACUAGUUAAACUUAACCUAUUGUCUUAAAAAAUAAGGCAAAACGGGGCUGAUGAGGUAGUUCACUCCUGCAAAGCUCAUGACCCCUGAAGUUCUCAUAGUGUGAGGACAGAGCCAACUCGCAAAAGUUGUUCUCUGCACGUACACAGUGUGGCACAUGCUUGUGUAUACAGUCACACACAAUGAUGUCAUAAAAAUGUUAAGAUAUGAUAAAAAAUGUAGUGUUUAAGCAGCUUGCUUAUGUAUAGUAAUCAAAAACUGAAUUCUCUAUACCCCUGCAAUAAGUAUCUCCACUUAAUGAAGAAGAACGUAUAUCUAGAAAUUGUAAUUUCUUCUGUCCACUUUGUAUAUGUUAACAGUAGAGCAAGUACUGGAUAAAAAAUGUUCGUGAUACAGGAAAGAAGAACAUGGUGUCUAGUUAUUCUAGCUAUGUAUUAGUUUUGAGGGCACAGUACUGGGAAUUGAACUAGGACCUUAGACGUACUAGGUCUUCUUCAUGCGUUAUCACUGAGGAGCUUGCUGUGUGGCUCAGGCUAGCCUAGUUUUUUACUUUCCCAGUGCUGGGAAGCAGGUAUGUUCCACCACGCCUUGCAUUGAAAUGUUUGUAGAAGAGGCCUCAAGGGUUAACCUAAGUACAAGUUCUAGAAAAAGGUGGGAUUAAAGUGUCUUAGUAGAGGAGAUGGGACCCCUAAAGAGCCACCUACUUUAUGGGUAACUGGGGGCAAAGAAUUUUUUGAAAGGUCUUUAUUUUACUGGUGUGGAAGACACGAAAGAUCAUUGGUUAGUUAAGGAAUGCUGACUGAUUUCAUGUUGCCUGCACAUUUAGUGCUCUUAGAAGAAGGUUUGGCCUUCCACUUAGCCCGCAAGCAUGAGCUACCAAGUCCAGGUUCUGUUUUACGAACUUAGGAAUGUCAGUAGCUAGAACAAUGGAAUUCAGAUUGUGGUAUAGAUGUGGGGGUUUUUUUCUUCAAUCUGUACAUCAUUCCAUGCACGUAUACAUACAUGUGCACACAUACACAAAGUGUAAGGAAAAUGUCCGUGUACCUCAAACUUACCCAAACUAAAGUUGGGAGUGCUCUUAAAAAAUUUGUAAGUCUGCCUGAAGAUGUUAACUCCAGCUGGGAGUCAGAGAUGCCCACCUAAGAGUUAGAAGCAGCAAUUUCAUCUCCUGCUGCAGCUGUGCCAUGGAAGCUUUACAGUGGCAGUGGACUUCUCUUAGCACCUGGCUUAAUUCUUUGCUACAGUGACUCCAUUGGAACAGCUGCUAGUGUAGGAUAGCUAGGGCUGCUCAGUGUCUGGUGAUUUUGCCCGAAUAUCUGGAGAUGCUUGGGUUAUUACAUGAGAGGUACUACAGCUAACAGAUAGUGUAGGUUCACUGCUGAAUUCUCUCUAGUGUAAACAUGUCUGGGUUUUGAGCCUAAAAUGUUAUGAUUCAAAGGUUGAAACCCCCAGGUUUAUGGCUCUGAUUGCCAUACUUGAAUAUUGUUCUAGUACCACAAAUUGCCUGGGCCUGUGUGAGCUCCUAUACAUUGCAUAGGUGGGAACCCAUCUUCAGAUCUCUGUCCUUCCUCUUCGAUAUUUAACCUCACAAGUUCUGCCAACAUCAUCACACCUCACACUGUUGAGUGGGGAGUAUGCCUCUAUUCUGCAGUACUGCAGCCCAAGAGUGGUCUGUUAGCUGACACCUUUGCAGACAGCAGAGUCAGCCACUUAGUACUUGUUUUCUUGUUUCUCUCUAAGCUGAUGACAUGUGAUCUCAAAACUCCUGGAACCAACUGAGUUCUCUGAACUCAGGAGUUAGUCAGUCUUGCAGUAAUUCAAGGAGUGUUUGUGUCAGAAACUGCCAGUUUCUUGAUAAAACAAUGAUGGUUGUCACAACUUAAUUUGCCCAUCCCCUACUAUAGACCCAUGGUAGCCUUGAAAACCAACAGUGCAUUAUCACAGCGAAGAGUAGCCUGGUACCCACAGGAAAUAAACAACCUCACACAUCUACAUCUACAGGGACAUUCCUAGGAAUUGCCUGACUGGAUGGUUACUCACUGGAAGUCGCCCACGUGUGUAUUUGGUGGGAGUAAGAGCUUUCUUAGCUUCAAAAAUACAGAUAGUUUGACAGUAUGGCUGCCAUAGGAAGAAGAAAUCUGUUGAGGUAAGCAAUGCUUUAACCAAAAAGCCUAGAGGGAAACCUGAAGUAGUUAGUGUCUGUUCAUAGGGCUUUGGAGGUUUCUGUCGUUUUCUAGGAGUUACCAUGCAUAAGCACAGGCUGAGUGCCUUCUCAGGACUGAACUGGAGCACCCUCAACUCUCCCCAGGCAGGGAGAUCACACCCCGAUGGAUAAGUGAUGACGUGUCUGCAGACACUUAACAAGUACUGCUUCCGGCAUUUAAGGGGAUCUAUUGAGUUAGCACACUAGACUACACGAAGCAUACUGCUGUGGCCUUACACAUCAAAAGAACUCAACUUAGAAAUAACUCAGAAACCAUUGCUAGCCUUAAACAGGCAUAGCGGCCUGAUUUUACAAGUAUUUUAUUUAAUGUAUCCCAUUUUCAACAAAAUGAAAUAUGCACAAGGAAGCAGCCAUAAGCAGAACUUGAGGAGGGGCAUGUGUUGCAGCUAAAAAUAAAAUAACGAAUUAGAAAUUAAAAAGAAAGGUAUGGUCCACAUUGCCUGUAUUGUAGCACUCAAGACUGAAAUGGGCAGAUUGAAAAUGAGAUUAAGCUAACUCAAGAAAGAAAAAUUUGAAGUUAGUGCAGUUUCCAAACUAAAAAGUUGAGAAGGGCUCCUAUGUUGAUUGAGAUUAUGCACUUUGAACAACAGGAAAUAAAAGAUUAAGGGGCUUGAAAGAUAGCUCAAAGAUGGUAGCAUUUGUUGUGUGGUUUUUAUGAGGGACAAAAAUCUCAGCACCCAAGAGAAGAAUGGUGUCCUGCAAAAGACCUGUAGCUCCAGCUCCAAGGAGUCUGACACUUUUGGUCUCUGCAUGGGCACACAGAGUCAUGUAUCAUACGUUAAAAGCAAACCAAACAAUCGGAUUUUUUUAUGUAACCAGAGUUGCUAGCUGUAUUUUUCAAAGACUAGGAAAUCAUUCACAUCAAAACUUCAAUAUGAGUAUUCAUAGUACAAAUAAU